AUGAGCUGAAUGCGUGCUGCCUACUGAGAGCGAUGGCCACUCUCGUCCGCUCAUGCCCACGCUCAAAGCUCUCCCCGCAGAACCCGGACGGUGCCGCCUCUGAGCACACGCCGCCGUCGCCGCUCCGCAUCUCCUCCCCCGCACUUCCUCUCCCUCUCGCGCUCGCCCACCCACCGCCGGCGUCUCCAACCCUGUCCUUUUCUUCAUCCUCCGCUCUUGCAAAUGUAGAAUCCUCGAGCCCGGCCGAGUCAGACGACAUCGACACCCUCGUGCUCCCGCCGUCGAUCUGCGACUCCCCCGCCGAACUCGCCCUCCCGCUCUCGCUCUCGCACUCGAUCUCCCCUUCCUCCCACAACACCAACAACAGCAGCAUGAUGAUACACCGCCAUUCCGCUCCCGCCUCGCUGCGCAUGCUCGACAGCCGCGGCGGAAGCGCCCUGCUCACGCCGUACCUCUCGUCGACGGCCUCGCCCGUCGCAAGACAGACGCCGUACCAGCACUACUUUUGCGACAACCUCUAUCAGAAAUUAUGGGCCCUGCGCAGCAGCGACUCGGGCCACCGAUCAUCUUACGGCGACCAGUACACCACCGCGCCCGCAUCCUCUUCUUCCCCCCGCAAACUCUCCUCCUGCUCAUACACCUCCGCCUCCUCGUCCUCGUCAUCGCCAUCGUCCGCGUGCGACGACCACAUACCCCUCCCGCCGCCAUGCCAGUCCCGCGCGCUCUGGGCAGCCAGCCGCCGGCGCACCGCGAGUCAGCCCGAAUCCGCCGCCGUGCCGCCGCGCGCGUGGGCGUUCUUUGGGCGGCAGCCGGGGGGCGAGAUGGCGAAUAUCGAUGCCGCGAUGCAGACUGGGUUUGAGCAGACCGAGAGCCGGGGCGGGCGCCAGAGUCGGCUAAGGUCUGUGUAGGUCUCCUCAUCAGAUGUGCGGUCUGUUGAGUAAAGUAUUUGGGAUCGGCUGGUUUUACUAAGCUUGUUAAUUGCUUCUUUUUUGUUCCCGGAGUUGCGGUUUGGUCUUAUAAUCAUCAAAUACAUGGCGCUUGCUUUCUCCUCUUCCAUUCCACUUACAAGAUCUCAAAUCUCAAGAACUCAUCAAAGUAGAUAUAUUUAACAAAAACCAGACUGUUUAUUAUUUAACAACAACAAAGCACAUACUCAAAGCCAAGCCGAGAGCUUACGACGAGCCGUACUUUGCAAUCAAGCUCUCCGCCAGCGCGAUGUACUCCUUCUCUGCCUCCUCGGUCGAUUUGCCCUUCAGCUUGUCCCACGCGUUCCACUUGUACUUGCCCUACACACAAAAUCAACCAGUUAGAGAAGAACUCUAGAAUAAGAAGGAAGGAAGGAGGAAAGAGGGAUGUACCUUGAGGUCAAAGACACCGGGC